AUGAAAUUGUGUAUAGUCUUAGUACUUUUUUAUGGUUACAUUUGUCAUGGGAGCGACAUUUGGUAUCAAGCGGAAAUGACUAUAAAUCUUGUACCACCAUUUCAGAGUGUAUACACAACACUGCAAAAUAAUAUACUCGAUAAAUUAUUAACUGUUGAUUCAAACUCAUUAGCAACAAAUGAUGGUGCACUCAUAUCUUUCGCAUCGAAUCUUCAUUGCGAAGUAGAAAAGUUACUUAAAUAUCUUGAUGGUUCUGUAACUGCCAGUAACAAUAUCCGUAUUAAAGUUGAUCACAAACUAACCACUAUUAUAAACGAAAUUUCAGCCAAGGAAAGUGAAAUAGCCCAUAUGGAUGGUCAAAUUCGAGAUAUGAAUGCAAGAAUUCAAGCAAAACGAUCGCAAAUAAGUGGAGCUGAGCAAUCUGUCAGACAAGCCGAAGGUUCAGUCACAGCUGCUCAAAAUGCGUUACAUAAUGCUGAAAAAGAAGUUGAAGAUGCUAAAUUAUGUCAAGGAUUAUUUGGAAGGAGAAAACGAUUUCUAGGUAACCUAUGGAAUACAAUUCAAGACUCAGUUUUAAAACCAAUAGAAUCGGCAGUUAAUACAGCAACUAACGCACUAGGAGACGCAGUUAAUACAGUAGGUGGUGCAAUAGUUGAUAAUAUAGUAAAACCUGUUUGUAGUGUUAUUAAUUUUCAACAAGUCGAUAAUGCAUUAAAGAAUGUUGAGAAUAAAAAAAAUGAACUGUCUUUCUUUAGAAAUCAACUUCAGACAUUUAAGAACGAUUUAAAUUCAUUUCAAAGCGAUUUAACCACAUAUAAUUCACAAUUAUAUAAUUUAAAUUAUCAAUUAAAUCAGUUAAAAAAUUCAUUAAUUGCGCUACCAAAUGAACAACAUAUAAUAUUAUCAAUUAAUCAAAAAUUACAAGGUGUUGUUAGUCAUAUACGUGCAUUAUUCGGUGGAUCAACACCAUUCCUAGAUGCAAUGACAACAGUGGUUGAUUUUGAAUCAGUUGUUAAACCAUUAAACGCAAUUUAUGAUGAAUUACAACAAAAUCAGUUUAUGGUAUUAUUCAAUGUUGGCAAAAUAUCAAUGGAGCAAAUAAAUCAAGCCAAAAUAAGUUUGCAAGUAAUGCCCAGUAUGUCAUUCAAUAUUGGAGGCACACGUUGUUCGAAUUAA